AUGGCGUCGCUGGCGCCUGAGGUUGACACGACCAGCUUGAAACGCAUCCGGAAGGGCACCAGGAGCUGCAUUGAGUGCCGCCAAAGGAAGAUCAAAUGCAUUUGGCCAGACGGUCACCGAUUGUGUUCCGGCUGCAACACACGUGGGAAACAAUGUGUGCCACAGAUCUAUCAAAAGCGAUCCAUCGCGACGGAUCGUGUCACGUCUCGCGACCGCAUCAAUCGGCUUGAACAACAGAUCGCCAACAUAGCCGCAGCUGUACAAGACAAAGGCUCACUGCCUUCAACGUCACCUGUCGAUCGUGAUCAUGCCGUCGACGAUACCAUGCCCGACGAGGAAGGCCAUGAUCCGAGUCUGGAUGGUCCGGCCACAGAUCCGCCAUCUCACUUGAAGUUUCUGUUCGAGAAUCCUCUGAUCGGUCCCAGUCAGCGUUUGGCUCGUCACAAGGAGCCAGCACAACCGCCGUGCUCGCCGCAAUAUCUGGAGUCUGCAAGGGCGAGACUACAACGCCUUCUUCCUACGAGACAGGACGUCCAAGCUAUAGUCCCUCAUGCCGCAAAAUGGAUGGAACUGUACACAGGACUUUUUCCUGUCUUGCUUAGAGUUGGCAGUCCUCAGCAGAUGGUCGAUAUGCACCAGGACAUGAUCAGUCCUCUCGCUGACCCAACUCGAAUCGCCAUGUUCCUGAUGGCGUUUACCAUGACCGUUCGACAGAUUCCACCUGGUCAACAGAUCACUUCCAUCAAAGGUCUAUCUCAUGGGACGAGCAAUAUGGUGGAUGAAGCUGACUUCAAUAUCUCAGACACCCGCGCCUUCAGCAUGGACGUGAUAGGCACGAUAGAAUCUACGAUCAUUUCACACCAAGGCUUCUCAUCCACAGUGGAAGGCUUGUCGACCACCAUCAUGCACUGUCGAUUGCAAAUGGGACUUGGGAAGAUGCGCCCUGUAUGGCUGCAGUUACGGCGGGUAGUGGCACUCGCUGAGCUCAUGGGUCUUCCUCGAACCUGCUAUGGCCAGAGUGUCGACACGGAGAACGACCCGCAAGCGCAAGAGCGAAUCGCUCUGUGGGAUACCAUAUGUGCUACCGAUAGACUUUCGAGCAUGCUUUACAAUCUACCAGCAGCCACGGUCACGCAUCAACUUCGCCCCAAAAAGUUCGUGGAUGAAGAUGGUAAAGUCAUCACUCAAGCCCUCAUGUUCGAGAUUGCCACGCUCGCGAUGCGAAUACAAAAUCUGGACGAAAGCAGCAUCCGCCACGAUCCUCCCUCCGAAGUCUACGAGAAAGUCUUACGUGUCGACAAAGACCUCCGGGCACUAAAAGUCUCUACUCCGUCCUCCUGGUGGGCGUCCGACCAUACCCAGACCCUCGGUCCGCGACACCUGAUCCAAUUCUGGUUCACAUACAUCACCGUAAGAACUCAUAUGCGUACGGCGAUGAGCAAAGACGAGCACGACCACUACGCCUACAGCCGCAUGACAUGUUUCGACGCCGCAAAGACGAUUACCCGGAUGUAUACAUUCGUACGACCACGACUGCCAGCUGGGUUCUUCGCCUGCCGCAUCAUCGAUAUGCAAAUCUUCUCAUGCGCUGUAUACCUUCUCAUGUCCUCAUAUGACGCGGCUAUCUCGCGAGCUCCUCCAAGACCGGAUCUGAAACCCUUCCGGGAUGGCGAGCGACUAGCGCUUGUGCAGAAGAUACUGGCCACAAUGGACUCCGUGUCCGAUCAAGUCGGAGCGGAAUUCGCCAAAGAAGCUGCAGCUGCCUUCCGAGGACUACAAGCCAUGCUCGAAGGCUCGGAACAUGCGCAUCCCGAAGGCGUGACCUUGCACAUACCAUUGCUCGGCAAGAUCCACGUCGGAGGGAGACCUCAGGCUGAACAGCUAGCACAACCGAUGGCACAGACUUCAUCCGCACACAACGAGCAACAGCAGCCAUUGUCCUCGCUUCCCGCGCUUUCUUCAACGAUACACCACGGCGAGAUCCGCAUCCCAGCUAUGGCGAAUGGCGAGUGUGUUCCACAACAGAUUUCCACCUUCACGAAUCUGCCGUACACUUCCGAUUUUGGAAACAUGCCCUGGAUGCUGGAAUGGGACAUGAACUCGUCUUCACUGCAGGACCCUUUCAUUGCAGAUGGGUAUGAUGGGCUCGAUCAGUGGAUGGACUUGGGGUAUGGAGCUGCUUGA